CCAAAUGGCGACACCAUGGACUAUUUAAAAAGAGCGACACACAGACGUGCUACUGUAAUUUUUGCACUGAGAAACAUGAUUGUGGUGUUGCUUUUCGUUUCCCUUCUGUGUCUGCCGUUUAAUUCUUCAACCAAGAAAAAUGACAGACCCAUAAUUGGUGUCCUGGCUCAAGAAGUUUAUUCACCAGAACCCAAUAAAACAUCUUACAUUGCUGCUUCUUAUGUCAAGUACCUGGAGUCAGCGGGAGCGAGGGUUGUCCCUAUUAUGAUUAACAAGACACUGGAGGAGUACAAGACACUGUUCAACUCCAUUAAUGGGAUCCUUUACCCGGGCGGCAGUGCCAGCAUUACCUCAUCUGGUUAUCAAAGGGCUGCAAAGAUCUUUUAUGAUCUUGCCAUUGAGGCAAAUGAUAGAGGCGACUAUUUUCCUGUGUGGGGCACCUGUCUUGGAUAUGAGCAGCUGACCUAUUUGACAAGUGGAAAGAAUUUACUGUCGCGUACCAAUACACUUGAUGUGUCAUUGCCUCUUGACUUCACUAAUGAGACCCAAGACAGCCGGAUGUUUAAAGUCUUCCCAGCUGAACUCAUGACAGAUCUGGCUUCUGAGCCGCUGACGGCAAACUCUCACAAGUGGAGUGUGUCAUUGUUGACUCACAACACAAACGAGGAACUGAAGAAGUUUUACAAAGUUCUCUCCACAAAUAUGGAUGGAAACAUAGAGUUUGUGUCAACAGUGGAAGCUUAUGAUUACCCAAUUUAUGGGACACAGUGGCAUCCAGAAAAAAAUGCAUUUGAAUGGACGAGGUCUUAUGUUUCACACUCUCCAUCAGCAGUCAAGACCACCUUCUACAUGGCUACAUUUUUUGUCAAUGAAGCCAGGAAGAACUUUCACAGCUUUGAAUCCGCAGAGGGGGAGAGCGAAGCGCUGAUAUACAACUACAAUCCUGUUUACACUGGGCAGCAGAGUGUCUUCGAGCAAAAAUAUUUUUUCUGAUGUCUGUUUGCAGAGUGCUUUCCAUAUUCAGCCGCUGAUUGGCUGUCUCUAUCGUGUCACUUGUGAAUGUUUACAGGUAAUUUCUACUUGUUUGAUUUUGCAUUUGCUGCUCUCUCCGUUUGUUGAAUCUGCAACAAAACAAACUGAGAACUAGAAACAGGAUAGUUUUAUACACGCAAUAUAAAUCCUGAUGCAGUACAGGAUAAAGUUUGUGUUGAAUUUCUUAAAGCCAAUACAUUUUGAUGCUGAUAA